AUGUCAGCUUUUCCAUCAUGAUUAACAUCUUUUACAAAUCUUGGAAAUUGAUCGAAACUUGUCCAGUCCCCAGCAUCAGCCGAGUUUCCAAACCACUCUGACCAAAGUGUAGGAGCUAAAAAUCCAGUUCCAACUGAUAACGAAACCCAUACUCCAGAACUGUUGAAGCCAAUAAUGUCAGCUUUCCCAUCUCCAUUUACAUCUGCGACCCAUCUCGGUGUGUUAUUAAAGCUUCUUCACCCCGAAUUUACAGAAAAUUCUGAUGUUAAAUUUUGAUGGCUUGAAAAUGAACUACCUGUUGAAUAA